AUGAAAAGGGUAAUGUUACUGGUAUUGUCAUGCCUAUGGAUCGAAUCAUUAUUGACCGUGGUCCGGGGUGAAGACCCGUAUCUCUACUUUACAUGGAAUGUUACUUACGGCACCAUCUCUCCAUUGGGUAUACCCCAACAAGGCAUUUUCAUCAAUGGCCAAUUUCCAGGACCCAAUAUCAAUUCCACCAGCAACAACAAUCUAGUUAUCAAUGUCUUCAAUAAUCUUGAUGAGCCAUUCCUUUUCACUUGGAAUGGCAUCCAACACAGAAAGAAUUCAUGGCAAGAUGGGGUUGCAGGAACUAACUGCCCCAUUCCUCCAGGGACAAACUUCACGUAUCGUAUCCAGGUGAAGGACCAAAUAGGCAGUUACUUCUACUACCCAAGCACAGCCAUGCAUAGGGCAGCUGGUGGUUUUGGUGGCCUUCGUGUAAACAGUCGCUUGCUUAUUCCUGUGCCUUACCCAGAUCCUGAGGAUGAAUACACCGUUCUCAUUGGUGACUGGUACACAAAGAGUCACACCAUUCUGAGGAAGUUAUUGGAUAGCGGGCGCUCUCUUGGUAGGCCUGAAGGUGUCCUUAUCAAUGGCAAAACAGCUAAAGGUGAUGGAAAAGACGAACCACUCUUCACCAUGAAGCCUGCAAAGACCUACAAAUAUAGAAUAUGCAACGUUGGCCUUAAGAACUCCCUAAACUAUAGGAUCCAAGGCCAUUCCAUGAAGCUUGUCGAGAUGGAAGGCUCCCACGUGGUGCAAAACAUGUACGACUCUCUUGAUGUGCAUGUAGGGGAAUGUUUUUCUGUGCUUGUUACAGCGGACAAGGAACCAAAGGAUUACUACAUGGUGGCUUCCACACGUUUCACCAAGACUGUUCUAAUAGGUAAAGGUAUCAUUCGUUACACAAAUGGUAAGGGUCCUGCCUCACCCGACAUCCCCCCGGCUCCAGUGGGUUGGGCUUGGUCUCUUAACCAAUUCCAUACCUUCCGUUGGAAUCUCACUGCUAGUGCCGCCAGGCCCAACCCUCAGGGUUCCUACAAAUAUGGUCAAAUCAACAUUACUCGUACUAUCAAGCUCGUUAACUCAGUUAGUAAGUCUAACGGUAAGCUUCGUUAUGCCCUUAAUGGUGUCUCACAUGUCGAUCCCGAAACUCCACUCAAGCUAGCUGAAUACUUUGGAAUUUCGGACAAGGUUUUCAAAUAUGAUACUAUCCCAGACAACCCAUCACCUAACAUUGGAAACGCUGUAACCGUACAACCAAAUGUUCUUAACAUUACCCAUCGCAACUUCAUCGAAAUCAUCUUUGAGAACCCUGAAAAAACAAUCCAAUCAUAUCACUUGGAUGGUUAUUCGUUCUUCGUACUCGGCAUAGAGCCAGGCACUUGGACCCCAGAGAAGAGGAAGUCCUACAACCUUCUAGAUGCCGUGAGCAGACACACAGUUCAUGUGUUCCCAAAAUGUUGGGCCGCCAUCAUGUUGACAUUCGACAAUGCUGGGAUGUGGAACCUAAGAUCGGAUAUUGCUGAAAGUCGCUAUCUUGGCCAGCAGUUAUACAUUAGUGUUUUGUCCCCUGAGCAUUCUCUUAGAGACGAGUACAAUAUGCCAGACAGUAACUUGCUUUGUGGUCUUGUAAAGAAUUUGCCAAAACCAGCACCAUACUCCUAAGAACAACGUUCUACAUUUUUUUUUUCAUAAGGCAAGAACAAUGUUCAACAUUAAGAACUAGCCAAUUUAAUUUUAAUAGAAUAGCGUAGGAUAAAGGGUUGGAGUUGAUCAAUGUGUAUAAACUCGUUUGGAAAAGCGUUCAAAGUUUUCAACUUUUACACUUCUUCCGAACAAAUAUAGAGUUGAUCAUAUGUAUUUUAAAUAAACUGAAUAUACAUAUGGAAAAUAAUAUUUG